AGGGAGAAAAGCAAUACGUGAGGGCGAGUAGUUAGUUAGAAGAGAACUGGAGCACCAGGCGGCGGCUUCGAAUUCUCGGAGCGCUUUUGCGCCAACGGCGUUAAGAAAAGCGAGAGAGAGGGAGGCGAGGGCGGAGCUGCGCCUGCGCGGGCGGAGAAAAGGCUUGUGUGCGCCGGCCUCAGGUGAAUGGAGGAACCUGACAGUUGAGCCGAGGAGGCGGAGAAGCAAUGGCGGCGGGAGGCGGAGGAAGAGGAGCGGGAGCGGCAGCAGCAAUGGCGGCACAAUGAGGCGACGCCUGUAGCCGGGAGCGGGACCCACCUGGCAGGAUACUUACGCUGAAACAAUUACAGGUGUGGUGGGUCUGGAAAAUAUUGAUAUCAGGUUUAAGGAACUUGGCAGCAAUGUGAUUAGUCUACAAACGGAUUAUAAUGGUGUCAAGAUGCAGCUCAGAAAACACGUACAGAAAGAUCACAGAAAUUAAUACAAUAAGCUGUGCUGCAACAAAAAUGCAAUGAAAGAAACACUGGAUGAAUGAAUGAAUGAGUAGCCCUGCUUUGCAGUCCCUCAGUAUGGCAGGACUACAGCUCAUGACCCCUGCUUCCUCCCCAAUGGGUCCUUUUUUUGGACUACCAUGGCAACAAGAAGCAAUUCAUGAUAACAUUUACACACCAAGAAAAUAUCAGGUAGAACUGCUGGAAGCAGCUCUGGAUCAUAACACAAUAGUCUGUUUAAAUACUGGCUCAGGGAAGACUUUUAUUGCAGUACUACUCAUUAAAGAACUGUCUUAUCAGAUCAGGGGAGACUUCAACAAAAAUGGGAAAAGAACAGUAUUCUUGGUCAACUCAGCAAAUUUAGUUGCUCAGCAAGUGUCAACUGUUAGGACCCAUUCAGAUCUCAAAGUGGGAGAGUAUUCAAGUUUAGAAAUAACUGAAACAUGGACAAAGGAGAGAUGGAAUCAAGAAUUUGAUAAAUAUCAGGUUUUGGUUAUGACCUGUCAAGUUGCUUUGAAUAUUUUGAAACGUGAACAUUUAUCCCUGUCAAACAUUAAUCUUCUUAUUUUUGAUGAGUGCCAUCUUGCAAUCCAGGAUCACCCCUAUCGAGCAAUUAUGAAGCUUUGUGAGAGUUGUCCAUCAUGCCCUCGAAUCUUGGGAUUAACAGCUUCCAUAUUAAAUGGCAAAUGUGAUCCAUCAGAAUUAGAAGAGAAGAUUCAGAAACUAGAGAAAAUUCUAAAGAGCAGUGCUGAAACGGCAACGGAUUUAGUGGUUUUGGACAGGUAUACUUCUCAGCCUUGUGAAAUUGUGGUGGAUUGUGGACCAUAUACUGACAAAAGUGGGCUCUAUGAGAGACUGUUAACCGAGCUGGAUGAUGCACUUAGUUUUCUGAAUGAUUGCAACAUAUCUGUACAUUGUAGAGAAAGAGAUUCUACCUUAAUUUCUAAACAGAUAUUGUCAGAUUGCCGAGCAGUGUUGCUUGUUCUGGGACCCUGGUGUGCAGAUAAAGUCGCUGGGAUGAUGGUGAGAGAACUGCAGAAGUACAUUAAACAUGAGCAAGAGGAGCUGCACAGGAAAUUUCUAUUGUUUACAGAUACUUUUUUAAGGAAAAUACAUGCACUCUGUGAAGAGCACUUCUCACCUGCCUCACUUGAUCUGAAAUUUGUAACCCCAAAAGUAAUAAAACUGCUUGAAAUCUUGCGUAAAUAUAAGCCGUAUGAACGACAACAGUUUGAAAGUGUUGAGUGGUAUAAUAAUAGGAAUCAGGAUAAUUAUGUCUCUUGGAGUGAUUCCGAAGAUGAUGAGGAAGAUGAAGAAAUAGAGGAGAAAGAGAAAACAGAGACUAAUUUUCCUUCUCCCUUUACUAACAUCUUAUGUGGAAUUAUUUUUGUGGAAAGAAGAUACACAGCAGUUGUUCUAAACAGGUUGAUAAAAGAAGCUGGCAAACAAGACCCAGAGCUGGCUUAUAUCAGCAGCAAUUUUAUAACUGGACAUGGCAUUGGAAAGAAUCAGCCCCGUAGCAAACAGAUGGAAGUAGAAUUUCGAAAGCAGGAAGAGGUCCUUAGAAAAUUUCGAGCACACGAGACCAACUUGCUAAUUGCAACUAGUAUUGUGGAAGAGGGUGUUGACAUACCAAAAUGCAAUUUGGUGGUUCGUUUUGAUUUGCCCACAGAAUACCGUUCCUAUGUGCAAUCCAAAGGAAGAGCCAGGGCACCUAUUUCAAAUUACAUCAUGUUAGCAGAUUCAGACAAAAUUAAACAUUUUGAAGAAGAUCUCAAAACCUACAAAGCAAUUGAGAAGAUCCUGAGGAACAAGUGUUCAAAGUCUGUAGAUAAUAAUGAAACAGAAAGUGAACCUAUUAUAGAUGAUGAUGAUAUCUUUCCACCAUACGUUUUGAGAUCAGAAGAUGGGGGUCCACGAGUCACAAUAAACACAGCUAUUGGACACAUUAAUAGGUACUGUGCUAGAUUGCCCAGUGAUCCUUUUACUCAUCUGGCUCCUAAAUGCAAAACGAGAGAACUCCCUGACAACACGUUUUAUUCAACUCUUUAUCUGCCUAUUAAUUCUCCUCUUCGAGUAUCAAUAGUUGGUCCUCCAAUGGGUUGUACAAGACUGGCAGAGAGAGUUGUUGCUCUUAUUUGCUGUGAAAAAUUGCAUAAAAUUGGUGAGUUGGAUGAUCACUUGAUGCCUGUUGGAAAAGAGACAGUGAAAUAUGAGGAGGAACUUGAUUUGCAUGAUGAAGAAGAAACCAGUGUUCCAGGGAGGCCAGGCUCUACAAAACGAAGGCAAUGCUACCCUAAAGCUAUUCCAGAGUGCUUAAAAGAGAGUUACCCGAAACCUGACCAGCCCUGUUACCUUUAUGUUAUUGGAAUGGUAUUAACUACCCCACUACCUGAUGAGCUCAACUUCAGGCGGCGAAAGUUGUAUCCUCCUGAAGAUACUGCAAGAUGUUUUGGAAUAUUGACAGCCAAACCUAUACCUCAGAUUCCUCACUUUCCAGUGUAUACUCGCUCAGGAGAGGUGACUAUAUCUAUUGAGCUAAAGAAAUCAGGUUUCACUUUGUCUUUACAAAUGCUUGACUUGAUCACAAGACUUCACCAGUACAUCUUCUCUCACAUUCUUCGGCUGGAGAAACCUGCACUAGAAUUCAGACCUACCGAUGCUGAUUCAGCCUAUUGUGUUCUACCUCUAAAUGUUGUUGAUGACUCCAGCACUUUGGAUAUUGAUUUCAAAUUUAUGGAAGAUAUUGAAAAAUCUGAAGCUCGUACAGGCAUUCCUAGUACACAGUAUACAAAAGAGACUCCUUUUAUUUUCAAAUUGGAAGACUACCAGGAUGCAGUUAUCAUUCCAAGGUAUCGAAAUUUUGAUCAGCCUCAUCGAUUCUAUGUUGCUGAUGUUUAUACAGAUCUUACCCCACUGAGCAAAUUUCCUUCCCCAGAAUAUGAAACAUUUGCUGAAUAUUAUAAAACCAAGUAUAACCUUGACCUGACCAAUCUCAACCAGCCAUUGCUGGAUGUGGACCACACAUCUUCAAGACUUAAUCUUUUGACUCCCCGUCAUUUGAAUCAGAAGGGGAAAGCUCUUCCAUUAAGUAGUGCAGAGAAGCGGAAAGCUAAGUGGGAAAGUCUACAAAAUAAACAGAUUCUGGUGCCAGAACUCUGUGCUAUACAUCCCAUUCCAGCAUCAUUGUGGAGAAAAGCUGUUUGUCUCCCUAGCAUUCUUUAUCGUCUUCAUUGCCUUUUGACAGCUGAGGAACUCAGAUCUCAAACAGCCAUUGAUGCUGGUGUUGGGGUUAAAUCACUUCCUACAGAUUUCAGAUAUCCUAACCUGGAUUUUGGGUGGAAAAAAUCUAUUGACAGCAAAUCCUUUAUUUCUGCUCCUGGAUCCACUCCGGCAGAAAUUGAAAAUUAUAUUAAGCACAGCACAAUUGUCCCUGAAAAUGCUGCACAUCAAGGUGCUAAUAAAACCUCUUCUGCAGAUAAGCAUGACCAAAUGUCUGUGAACUACAGAACAUUGACUGAGUCGCGUAGUAAACUCCAAAAUGAUGUCUCAAUAGAACUGGCAACAAUUAAUGGUAUUUCUUAUAAUAAAAACCUUGCCAAUGGCAACUGUGACUUAGUUAAGCAAGACCUUUGCCAAGAAAAUCAGCUGAAUUACUACAGACAGGAAAUACCUAUACAACCAACUACCUCGUGUCCUAUUCAGAAUUUAUACAACAGUGAGAACCAGCUCAAGCCCAGCAAUGAAUGUACUCUGAGUAAUAAAUAUCUUGAUGGAAAUGCUAACAAAUCUACCUCAGAUGGAUCUCCCAAAAUUGCAGUGACCACCAGUGCUUCAGAUGCUUGCAAUCUUUCAAAAGAAAGAAUGAAUUCUGCAACAAGCCCUUCCAAUGGGUACUCCUCAAAAACUCUUGGCCCAAACCCUGGUCUCAUUCUUCAAGCGUUGACUCUUUCCAAUGCUAGUGAUGGAUUUAAUCUGGAGCGGCUUGAAAUGCUUGGUGAUUCAUUUUUAAAGCAUGCCAUCACUACAUAUUUGUUUUGCACUUACCCUGAUGCUCAUGAGGGACGCCUAUCAUAUAUGAGAAGCAAAAAGGUCAGCAAUUGUAACUUGUAUCGCCUUGGAAAAAAGAAAGGGCUUCCUAGUCGUAUGGUGGUCUCUAUUUUUGAUCCUCCGGUCAACUGGCUUCCUCCUGGUUACAUAGUAAACCAAGACAAGAAUAAUGCAGACAAAUGGGAAAAAGAUGAAAUGUCAAAAGAGAGCCUGAUGUCUAAUGGAAAGCUUGAUGAUGAUUAUGAUGAUGAUGACGAUGAUGACUUAAUGUGGAGGGUUCCCAAGGAAGAAGCUGACUUUGAGGAUGACUUCUUGGAGUAUGAUCAGGAGCAUAUCAAAUUUAUUGACAAUAUGUUAAUGGGCUCUGGAGCAUUUGUGAAGAAAAUAUCCCUCUCUCCUUUUUCACCCACCGAUAAUAGUUAUGAAUGGAAGGCACCCAAAAAAUCACCCUUGUCCAAUGUUCAGUUUUCAGCAGAUACUGAUGAAUUUGACUACAGCUCAUGGGAUGCAAUGUGUUAUCUAGAUCCUAGCAAGGCUGUUGAAGAGGAUGAUUUUGUAGUAGGUUUCUGGAAUCCAUCAGAGGAAAACUGUGGCAUUGAUGCUGGAAAACAAUCCAUCUCCUAUGACUUACAUACAGAACAGUGUAUCGCUGACAAAAGCAUUGCAGACUGUGUGGAAGCUCUUCUGGGUUGCUAUCUGACCAGCUGUGGUGAAAGAGCUGCCCAGCUUUUCCUCUGCUCACUGGGACUGAAAGUGCUUCCUGUUAUUAAAAAAAUUGACUGGGACAGUGCUCUGUAUUCCCACACUGAGCAUUUUAACAGCCAGCAGAAACACUCUUCAGCAAACUGUAUUUCUGUCUCUUUGUCCAAUCAAGAAUCUUCUCGAUAUAAAGACUUGGUAUAUGGCUGUUUAAAGAUUCCUCCAAGGUGUAUGUUUGAUCAUCCAGAUGCGGAGAGAACCUUAAAUCACCUUAUAUCUGGCUUUGAAAACUUUGAGAAGAAAAUCAACUACAGUUUUAAGAACAAGGCUUAUCUACUUCAGGCAUUUACUCAUGCCUCCUAUCAUUACAAUACCAUUACUGAUUGUUACCAGCGGUUGGAAUUCCUGGGAGAUGCAAUUUUGGACUACCUCAUAACCAAGCACCUUUAUGAAGACCCACGUCAGCACUCUCCAGGAGUCCUAACAGACCUACGAUCUGCUCUUGUUAAUAACACCAUCUUCGCGUCAUUGGCUGUAAAGUAUGACUACCACAAAUACUUCAAAGCUGUCUCUCCUGAGUUAUUCCAUGUCAUUGAUGACUUCGUACAGUUUCAAAUGGAAAAAAAUGAAAUGCAAGGAAUGGAUUCUGAGCUUCGAAGAUCUGAAGAAGAUGAAGAAAAAGAAGAAGACAUAGAAGUACCAAAGGCCAUGGGAGAUAUAUUUGAGUCUCUUGCUGGUGCUAUUUACAUGGAUAGUGGAAUGUCACUGGAAAUGGUUUGGCAUGUGUACUAUCCAAUGAUGAGGCCAUUAAUAGAAAAAUUUUCUGCAAAUGUGCCCCGUUCACCAGUUAGAGAACUUCUGGAGAUGGAGCCUGAAACUGCUAAAUUUAGUCCUGCAGAAAGAACCUAUGAUGGAAAGGUCAGAGUAACUGUGGAAGUUGUCGGGAAGGGAAAGUUCAAAGGUGUUGGAAGAAGCUAUCGGAUUGCCAAAUCUGCCGCAGCAAGAAGAGCUCUACGAAGCCUCAAAGCGAAUCAACCUCAGGUUCCAAACAGCUGAGACACCUCUUCAAAACACAAAUACACAGUACCAAGAAAUUUAUAAGAUGAUGUUGAGAGGAACAAACUGAAGACAGCAAUUCAAGUUUGUUAACAAAAUCGCUAACAACAGUUAACAUGUAUACAUAAUUUUGGAACUAAUUGUAGUUAUAGGGUUGUUGGGUUUUUUUGCGCAAACACAAUCUUGUCUUCUUUCCUCACUUCUGCUUUGUUUAAUCACAAGAGUGCUUUAAUGAUGACAUUUAGCAAGUGUUCAAAAUAACUGUUGUCAGGUAUCUUUGGUUUACUUUGUCAGUACAGCUUUGCUUAGUGUUUAAAGGCCAGGGAGCUUGUGUCUGUUGUAGUUACUGUAUCUUUAUCUAUACAUAGAGAUAUAGAUAGAGAUAAAGUGAUCUUGAAAUUCCUCAAAUCUGUGCACUAGUGCCAGUCACAAAGCAGUUUAUGAACUGUACUGGAUGAUUUGAUGUAAGGAUAAGUGUGCCAGUAUUGUCCUCCUUCUUUCCAUGCCAUCUUUCCAUUAGGAUGGCAUUCCCAAUCAUUAUUGCACUUAUUUGUUAGGGAGUUUUUAAUUGAAAUGCCUGGCAUCUAAUCGACUUCAAAAUGGAUGCCAAAUAGUCUUGCGUUAAAAGGUUCCUGCCUUAAAAGUUACAUAAACCCUCACUAAUAUGACCUUUCAUUUCUGAUACUCUUUGGAGCAAACGGUAUUACAUUCCCUUCACUUUUAGAUUGCAUUUUACAGUUAUAAAAACCCAUAUUUACAGUACAUGUUAGUUUAGCUGUGACUUAACUUAUUACACAACUGUAAUAGAAGUUGUAUUCAUAUAUAUAUGUAGUGAGGUUAUUUUUAACAAUUCAAAAGAAAUGGUUAGUGUAGAGUUUAUUUGAUACUGCAAACAAAUGAAAGUUUCUCAUUAAUUUCUGAUGUUGAAACAAAGUCCAAGGGUUUAGACUGAGCACAAUCCAUCACUAUUGUGGAAUCUACUUUCACUUCCAAGCUUGUGCAGAAGGAAGCUUGUGCAGAAGGAAGAUCUUGAUGGAUUGCAGACAUUGUUCCCAGUAUUGGAACUUUGUGAUAAUAGUUAAAUUGCACAGUUCAAACUGUUGCUUAAAAAAAAGAGAGAACCUUUGACAUAUCGCGCCUAAAGUAUGCUGCAGAUUUUAUAUUGGAUACAUAUUUAACAAACAGAGCACCUUUACACCUUUACGAGCGAUUUCCACAUAAAUUUCUUACUGUACUUUUCAGAAUUGCAUGCGUAUUUCACCUACCAAAGCUGUGCUGUUAAUAUGCCAUGGAGGUUGUUGUGUGAGAGAAACUGCCAUACUUUUGAUACAUCUGUGAUUUUGGUCCUUAUAAAGUAGAGUAACUAGUUCAUUAUUGUUGUUUCAGUUAAUAUGAAAGCAUUUUUUAGGCUAUGCCUAUAUUUCUUUAGAUAUUUGUAGGCACCCUUCACUUAAAUACCUCAGUUCUUCUAUGUUUUUUUGUGUCUUUUUUUUCUUUUUGCAUGCAUUUUUCCUGUUUUGGUGCUAUGUGUAUGUAUUAUGCUUGAAAUUUUAAUUUUUUGCACUGUAACUAUAAUACCUCUUAAUUUACCUUUUAAAAACGCUGUGGGUCAUCUUGCACUCCCACCAAUAUCAAUAGAGGUUUGCUGCAAUUUUACCCCAUUAAUUAUGCUUGAAGUUUGAGAGAGCUGAGCAAGGUUUUAAUGUUUUCCAGCACAGUGGUCUGCUUGUGAUGCUGUUUUAUGUGUUAAAUUACUGAUAAUACUAUUAUUUGCUUUUAAAAUCCCCUUCCCACACAUACACAUGCAUUCAAAAUUGAAAGAGGAAAAGCAUCUGGCUUACCUUGCUUAAAGGGGAGAGACAUGCCUUAGUCAUAGGGGACAUUCAACGUUUCUGAAAUACAGAAUGUAAUUUGAGUGGCAGAUUUUUGUUUAGAUUUCUAAUGACAGUGAAGUGAAAUAAUUCUUGUGUGAGGUUUUAGUCACACUGAGAAAGUAAAAUAUCAUGGAAGGCAUAAAGGAUGUGAUCCAGUGCCAGGUUGGACUACACAUGCUGAUUAAAGUUUCUUUUUUUGGCCCUGCAUCCCACUGAAACUGAUAAAGAGACAAAUCAGUGAUAUGAGCCUUAAAAAUUGUUGUCUCUUCAAUGUGAGCAGCUGUUGCAAAAAAUGCUAUUUGCAUAUUGUGCCCCCCCUCCCCCAAUGCUGCUAAUUUUGGAUUGUGGACAUUUGGAACCAUAUUUCGAUAUGACAGCAAGUGUUCAUUGCUGACUUUAGAAAUGGUAUUCACCCACAUUUUAUGGGAACUUCUCAACUGUAAGUCGAUUGAGAGUUGUCAUAUCUGAGUAUGCCAGCAUAGGACUGUAAACGUUUAUGAAAAAACAUUUCCAUCCAUUUAUGUUGCCUUGAAUGAGAAUUUUGCAACUUUAGUACCAUUGCAAACAUUGAUAGUUUUUUUGUCUUUGGUGGCACACAUCUAUCUAAAAACUUAUAAAACCCAUGUAGCAUUUAAAAGGGCAUGUCUUAUCCCGAUCAAAUGUGCAGAAUGUCUGUGUUCCUUUUUAAUGGAAAACAUUUGAAAAAUCAGAACCAAUUGAAAAAUUAAAAUACAGUCUGUGAACAUUUUAAAUACAUGUUUUAUACCUGAAUAAUAUCAAAUAUUAGAGUGUUGCCUGAGGAUAACUGAGGAGUCUGGAAAUUGCACACUCUGAUCAGUCAUAUUUAAUGUCCCUGUUACGUAUCUAUCAAGCUAAACUGAAAAUACUGAGUAGAGGCCUGCUGUAAAUGUUGGUGGUGCUGCUGCUGUGUUUUUAAAGCCACAACCUUUUUGCUGCAGAAUUUUAAUUCCAGUAACUCAUAAUUGUGUUAGAAAGCAGAAACACAUUUCUAUGAAACACUUUGUCCUUUAAAAAAAACAGGUGUAUUGGGAAACAUGCUAUUUAGAUCUGGAGCCGAUCAUUUGAAGGUUAGGAUCAAAAUCCCAUGUAAUGCUGUGAGAUGAAAUGGACUGUUGUAAGCCUGUCUUCGAAAUGUAAAACAGAUCCCUUACAUAGUCAAAAGUUAGGGUUAAUUGACAUGAAUCUAGUUUCAAAUUGUGUGUAUAUGUGUAUAUUCUGUUAUACUGUACUACUUACAGUCCUUCUAACUAUGCUGCAUUUUUACUUUUUAUUUUUUAUUAUGGCUUUGUUUUGUGCUGUUCUUUUCAUGUAGCACAAAUGAGCAUUGCACUUGGUACCAUGCUUUACCUCAUUUCAAGGAGAAAUAUACUUAAGAGAGGAAAAAUGUGGUUUGGGCCUUGCUGCUUUGAUUGACUGAAUUUGAGAAAAGAUCGUUCGAACACUUGUGAUGUGUGUCACUUAAUUUGCACAUCUGACAAAGUCCCAUUUGUUUUGUCUGUGACAUGUUGUUACAUGUUUUUAAAAAGAGUUAAAAACUAUUAGCUAGGAUCUAGGGAGACCUUUGUAUGUCUGGAAAGUGCUUCCAUACACGUGUGUGUGUGUGUAUGUGUGUGUGUGUGUGUGUGUGUGUGUGUGUGUGUGUGUUGGAUCCUCUAAUGUCAUACGAGUCUUCCCCAGCUGCAGUAGUCACUUCAUAUCCCCUACUAUUAUGGGAGGCCUUCCAAACCCCAGAAGCACCUUUUGAUAAAUGAAAGAGCUGAAAUAAGGAGCUGAGAGAGCACUGUUGCCCAAGCACCUCUCUGUCUGGUGGUACUCUGGAUCCCACUAUUUCUUUCAUUUUUAGCAAUGUACCAUGUUGGUAGUUUUUUGUAAAUCAAUUGAAAUUUUUGAUUGAUGCAUUUAUAGCUCCUCUUUUGUAAUCCCCCCAUGCUGCUUGCAAAUAUACUGAACAUGGGGUACAUAAUUGUCAAUUAAAUCCUUGCUCUGAUUUGGAUGUGAAGGGAUCUAUGAGUAUCACUGUUUGUAGAGAACAUAAUUUUCAACGAAAGCUUUUGUCAGUGUAAAUGUAGAGUGCUCAGCUUUGAGCAGCCCUGUAAAUUGUAGGACCACUUCCACAAGUGGCUUAAAACUGAAAGCCUCAAAGCCGUGGCCAUUUCAGAUUUAAAGAACGUCAUUUGAGCCACAUGUUGUGAUUCUUCUUUUCCUCACUGAAUGUACUGGAAAUGGUUGUGCAUGAUUAAUGAAAACAGAAUUGAACCUAGGACAGUUUUAGUGGCAGAUACUUUCAUUUUCAGUAAGCCACUGCUUGUUAAUAUUUAUAAAACAGUAUUGUUAAAUCCUUGCGCAAAACUGUAAAAUAUGACUGAAACAACUUUCACCAGCAGAAAAUUGACACCAGAUCUACAUAAGGGUCAUUACAAAACAAUUACCUGAAAUGUCUUUAAAUAUUAAUUCAGCAUUCAUCUAUCUACUUUGUGUCCUAAUUCCUUUUAUAGGUUUCACCCACUCUGUAUUUUUAAUUUUAAUAACAACCACAGACUGUUUAAAUUUAUAAGAAUGAUAUGCUUGAUAUAACUACAGCAGCAAGUUACAUAAAGAAACUGAAGUUGAAUAAGCAUUGAAAAUUGCAGGCUUUUGUAUUGUAAAUAGUUUGACUUUAAAAAUGGUUAAAAUCAAGUAGAAUGAAUAACAUAAUUGAUGGACAAUAAAAUAUUUCCCAUCAUUUGCUGCCGCUGUCUAAGGGACAUAAAAUGUAAUUCAUUCAUACUGUAAUCAUGCUGCAGAAAUUUGCAGUCUGCACCUUAUGGAUCACAAUUACCUUUAAUAGAUUUUUUGUAAUAACUGUAGCUGAAUAUAUCUCCAAUAAAGUUAUGGUCUGUUCA